CAUAGCUCCAAUGGCUGCUGCAAGGACUCUGCGUAUAGGCCUCAUUCCCGGCGACGGCAUUGGCCGUGAGGUCAUUCCCGCUGGCCGCCGACUGCUGGAAGCCCUCCCAACCUCGCUCGGCCUCAAGUUCUCCUUUGUGGAUCUCGAUGCCGGCUUCGAGACCUUCAAGCAGACGGGCGUCGCGCUCCCAGACAAGACAGUCGAAACGCUGAAAGAGGAGUGCGAUGGCGCGUUGUUUGGUGCCGUCAGCUCACCCACCACGCCCACCAAGGGCUACUCCUCCCCCAUCGUCGCUCUCCGCAAGAAGCUCGACCUCUACGCGAACGUCCGUCCCGUCAAAUCCGUCACGCCGACCGCCGCUUUUCCAGAUCCCAUCGACCUCGUCAUCGUGCGCGAGAACACCGAGGAUUUGUACGUGAAAGAGGAAAAGACAUACGAUGGCCCCAACGGCAAAGUCGCCGAGGCUAUCAAGCGCAUCAGCGAGCACGCCUCGUCGAGAAUCGCAACCAUGGCCGGUGAAAUCGCGCUACGUCGUCAAAACAUUCGCGACAAAACGGGUAAUGCAUCAGGACAAAAGAGCAUGGUAACCAUCACGCACAAAUCCAACGUACUAUCUCAAACCGAUGGCCUCUUCCGCAGCACGGCGCGCAAAGCUCUCGAACAGAGCAAAUUCGCUUCUGCAGGCGUAGCAAUCGAUGAGCAAAUCGUCGAUUCCAUGGUCUACAAACUCUUCCGCGAACCUUCUACCUACGACGUGAUCGUCGCACCGAACCUUUACGGCGAUAUCCUUUCUGAUGGCGCUGCUGCGCUUGUGGGAUCUUUGGGUCUUGUGCCUUCUGCCAAUGUGGGGGAUGGUUUCGCGAUUGGUGAGCCUUGUCAUGGUUCUGCGCCUGAUAUUCAGGGUAAGGGGAUUGCGAACCCUAUUGCUACGUUGAGGAGUGUGGCUCUCAUGUUGGAGUUUUUGAAUGAGGAGGAGGCUGCUGCGAAGAUUUAUCAGGCUGUGGAUGGUAACUUGGCCGAUGGCAAGUUGCUGAGUCCGGAUAUGGGCGGAAGUGCCAAGACUGAUGAGGUGUUGAACGAUAUUUUGAGAAGGUUGUAGAGGGCCCAUUGGUUGUUGUGUUGGGGCGAAUACUGUGGGAUUAGAGCACGACAAUUUGGUAGCAGAAGAUAGGAGGUGCAAUCCCAUAAGAGCGACACCAAUAUCUAUCCCAAGG